AUAAUAAUACUUCAUAUAAAUUUAUUGAAAACCUUCUCAUUGUUCAUUGUAUUUAUGAUAAAUUUUGAAGAAAUUUGAGAAAAUGUUUCAGUUUAAAGCAGUUUUAAAAUCGGGAGGGUUUUUCAUAUUAUCAUGUGGAGCCUGUAUUAUAGGUGUUUGUGUUAUAGGUGUUACUGUAAUUAUUGUUGCGGUCCCUAGAACAUCAUCCACCGAAAAUGCGACAAUAGAACCGGACUUUAAAAGUUCUAUAAGCACGGAAAUAUCAGUAUUUACAACACAGAUCAAAGACAAUACGAGAACGCAUCCAGAAAUUACAACCUCUAUUGCUACAGAACCAUCAGUAUCUACAACACAGAUGGAAUAUAAUACGAGAACUGAUCCAGAAAUUACAACCUCUAUAGUUACAGAAGAAUCAGUAUUUAAAACACAGACGGAAGAUAAUACUAGAGCCGAUCCAGAAAUUAAAACCUCUAUUACUACAGAAGCAUCAGUAUCUACAACACAGAUGACAUAUAAUACGAGAACUGAUCCAGAAAUUAUAACCUAUAUAGUUACAGAAGAAUCAGUAUUUACAACACAGACGGAAGAUAAUACUAGAGCCGAUCCAGAAAUUAAAACCUCUAUUACUACAGAAGCAUCAGUAUCUACAACACAAAUAGAAUAUACUACGAGAAUUGAUCCAGAAAUUACAACCUCUAUAGUUACAGAAGAAUCAGUAUUUACAACACAGACGGAAGAUAAUACUAGAACCGAUCCAGAAAUUAAAACUUCUAUUACUUCAGAAGCAUCAGUAUCUACAACACCGAUGGAAGAUAAUACGAGAACUGAUCCAGCAAUUACAACCUCUAUUGCUACAGAAUCAUCAGUAUUUACAACACAGAGGGAAGAAAAUACUAGAACCGAUCCGGAAAUUAAAACCUCUAUAACUAGAGAAGCAUCAGUAUUUACAACACAGACGGGAGAUAAUACUAGAACCGAUCCAGAAAUUAAAACUUCUAUUACUACAGAAGCAUCAGUUUCUACAACACAGAUGCAAGAUAAUACGAGAACUGAUCCAGAAAUUAAAACCUCUAUUACUACAGAAGCAUCAGUAUUUACAACACAGACGGAAGAUUAUACGAGAACUGAUUCAGAAAAUAAAACCUCUCUUACUACAGAAUCAUCAGUAUUUACAACACAGAUGGAAGAUAAUACGAGAAUUGAUCCAGAAAUUACAACCUCUAUUGCUACGGAAGCACCAGGAGUGUGUGAGAUUAACCAAAUACAAUACAAAAAUACAGUACCCAUUCUUUUAUAUCCCAAUACAAACAAUGUUAUUUAUCCACAAGGAAAAGCAACUACGGCCUUUGUGAAUAAGGAAGAAGUAGAAUUUUCAUGUCCUCAAGCAGAAGUACGAGCAAAUGGAGUCAACUUAGGUUCUAGUAUUACGGUUGUUUGUAAGUCCAACGAAACAUUUAUAUAUAAUGGAACAAAUAUAGAGUGGAGAAACGUUUUAUGUUCAAAAUCCUUAGUACCAACAAUUAAUGAGGUACCAGUUCAAAAUUUGAGUUCAGACGAUCCUAACAAAUCGUGUGAUAUUGGCGGCGACAGUACAAUAUUCUUAAAUUUGGGUUAUACUGUGGACUCAAAUCGUUUUAUCAAUAUUGUAAAUAUCUGUUUUAAUACAACAAACAAAAUAGCUCUUUAUUCUCACUAUACUUUGAUAAGUUCCAUAAAUUUUGGAUCCAGAAAUGUUACGAGGUCUAAUAUUCGACAAGCAGAUUGGCUUUACAAAUUAGGUUAUUCUGUGAAAACGGUCUAUGAUGAUAGUAAAAAAACAAUUAAUAAUUUACUAGGUUUACCAGAUGAUUCGGAUAAAUAUAUUAACAACAACAAAUUUAUUACCACGCAACAACUUGCUUCUGAAAAUGAUUUUUAUUUAGCAACGUUUCAGCUGGCUGUUAAGAACUACGCCAACAUUGCACCGCAAUGGAACUCGAUUAACAAAGGAAAUUGGUUGCAAGAAAACGAAAUAAGACUAUAUGCAAGUAACAACAAUGUUAACCUACAAAUUUGGAGCGGAACAUAUGGCGUUAUGAAAUUAAACAAUGAAACAUCUGAGCCUACAGAGCUGUAUCUUCUUGAAAAAGUAGUCAAAAAAGAGUUUGUGAUAGCCUUUCCAGUACCUGAGUUAUAUUGGAAAAUUGUGUAUAAUCCUUUAAAUGCACAAGGAAUAGUUUUUAUAGGACAUAAUAAUCCGUACGUGGACAAAGUUAAUCCAGAAGAACAAAUUUGUGUUGAUAUAUCCAGUAAAAUAAGUUGGAUAAGAUGGGACAAGGAACUUUAUGCCAAAGGAUAUUUUUACGCGUGUGACUAUAAUGAUGAUGGAUUCCACAGCAUUGUCGACUUUGCUCCAAAACUCAAAAUAACUGGACACUUAUGAAUGAAGAUAUAUAAAUUUUGUAUUUAUUAUAAUUAAAUUUUGUUUAAGUUU